GAGUCACCCCAGAAGCAUUGCAACCAAUGCGAGUGAACGAUGGAUGCCGAAAAUCACCAUGAUAGCAGGACCGCUCCCACGGAUGAUCGAAAAAAACUACGCAAUCGACUGUCACAGCGUGCGUUCCGGCAGCGGCAGAAUGCCUACGUAAAAGAGCUUGAGGAGAAAGUCCAGAGGCUAGGGCAAUCUGAUUGCGAUAAAAUUGCCGAGUUGGAACAGGAGAAUUCCCGCCUUCGGAAACAGAUUGUCUCUGUCGCGAACAAAUUAGAGAGCGUGCAAGCGCAUUUAAAAACACUUGCUGUUUCGAUGAUUGAUCUUACGAGAGGAGUCCAUACAGACCUCUAUGAGCAAGACAAUGCGACUGAGGAUGCCUCAGCAAGCAAAACCAAGGAGGCAAUUCCAGAGCUAUCCAUACACCAGCCUGCUAAUGUCACAGAAUUUGAUACCUUCGCGGACCUUCCAAUGAACGACAAUAGUGGCGCACAACAUCCAUCAUUAGACACAGAGUCGCUCGCUUUCAACAACAGCUACGACCUCGACUGUCUGGACGAAUUUGACCCAGGUUUACUGCCGUCAAGUUCAGAUACCAUAUUUGCGGCUCAUACAGAGCCUGACUCAGCGUCACCAUGCGAGGGCUCGACCUUGUCGUUCUCCGGUGCUCCUACUAUAGUCCCACAUCUCCCACUCUCCACAACCAGCUCGUCAACCUCAACCUGGUCAAAACCAUUUGCAGAAUCACCAGAUUGCGAUCCGACGAGGUUGGCAAUUUGGAAAGGAGGACUAGAUUCGUCUCCCUGGACAAUGUUACCCCGAGUCUGGUCGUAUGAGUAUCAAAUGGGCUCUGCCGCUUAUCAGUUCGCACUCUCUAACAAGGGUUCAGGCGGGUCGAAGCUGAGAUCCUCCAACUCUAACUUUUCAGACCAUAUAGCAGGUGUAAAACAGUGCAUAUUAAACAGCUGGUCUGUCUUGUAUGCCACAGCCUCGACGGAAACGUCCUUAAUCACACAUCCCCAAUUCUAUGCUGGUAUUUCGCUCAUGCUGUCGUUGUUUAAUAGCCUCAACCGGCCUCGGAUCAUGUCAUGGUAUGCUCCCACAAAGUUCUACCACCACAUAACCGACUUGACAAUAUGGCAAAUAUGUCCCACAAAGGAGACGUAUUCUCGCAUGCACUGCGCAUAUCGGCCCACGGCACUUCAACUUAUGGAGAACUAUCCUGCCAUCAUUGAUUGGUGUCCUUUUGCAAUCAUACGAGACAAGCUGAUACUUCUCCACUCUGCAAAUCCGCUUCUGGACCAGAUAAUCUGCGAUAUAGCUACAGCCUACGUAGUGCAAGCGGAUCUCUCCUCAAUAGUUGAUCAACCCAUGGAGACUCUGGGAUACAUCAGGGUGUGGGACUUGAUCAAUGCCAUGGGAGACUACGACCGCAUACAAACGAGCCCCUCCUCUCGGGGAAACACAACGGAUCAACUAUCCCCAAAUGCUUUUGAUUCCAAUAGACCCAACGAGGCCUCCGAGUCUCUGAAACUCCCCGCACCGACAACAUCCGCCUUGUUCAACAAUCCUGCCUACGCUCGCCUAGCCUUCGAAGCGCUGCACAUGCACGACGGUCUCUCCGUAUUCAAACUUGAUCCCGACUUAUUUUUGAAAUAUCCGGAACUUUACGAUCCGCAAUUCAAAUCCAUCGCUUCGGGGACAGCGCUGACCCCGCAGUGUCGUACCACUAUCCAACCCCCACCGCCUUUGCAAGUGGCGACUCUGACUACGUACAAGCAUUUUGCUGAGUGGUCUCUCGCUGUGCUUUGUGGGUCGAAGGGUGGGUGAUAGUCGUUGAUAUCGCCAUGGCAUUAUAUUAAUCGAAAUGAAAUUUUUCUUUCAGCAUACUGCUCUUACUGGGCAGUAUUGUUUCGCACUAAAAUGAAUGUUAUCGCCGCACGUCUCAACUGCAGGCGGAUCAACGCGUGUCGUCUAGCGCGAAUUAUGAAUAAUUGAAAUGUUAUGUACUCCUGUGAGUUUUCCAGAACCCAGCGCAUCAUUGGUAGAAAAAACUGGUGUAGGGCGUAUACUGAUAGAGGUGGUGGUUACCGUAGGGCGUGACACA